AUGGUAGACGUUGAUCCUGAGACUCUGUUAGAAUGGCUGUCAAUGGGCCAGGGCGACGAGCGCGACAUGCAGUUGAUUGCAUUGGAACAACUUUGCAUGUUGCUGCUAAUGUCCGAUAAUGUAGAUAGAUGUUUUGAAAGCUGUCCACCUAGAACGUUUUUACCAGCGUUAUGCAAAAUAUUCCUUGACGUAUUAGCACCGGAAAACGUAUUGGAGGUAACGGCUCGAGCCAUUACCUACUACCUGGAUGUAUCCUCUGAAUGCACCCGGCGCAUUGUGGCAAUCGAUGGCGCCAUCCGAGCGAUCUGCAAUCGCCUGGAGGUGGCCGAUCUUGAAAGCCGAACUAGUCGUGACCUCGCCGAACAGUGCAUAAAAGUGCUGGAGCUCGUCUGCACCCGAGAGGCGGGAGCCGUCUUCGAAGGUGGAGGCCUAAACUGCGUGCUGACGUUUAUCCGCGACAGUGGCUCACAGAUCCACAAGGACACACUGCACUCUGCUAUGGCCGUUGUGUCACGAUUGUGCACGAAAGUAGAGCCGCAGGGGGCGAACGUUCAAACCUGUGUCGAGAGCCUUAGCACUCUGCUUCAGCACGAAGACCCGUUGGUAGCUGACGGUGCCCUGAAAUGUUUCGCGUCCGUAGCCGAUCGGUUCACCCGGAAAGGAGUCGACCCAGCACCAUUAGCCGAGUACGGGUUGGUGAAGGAACUUCUUAACCGACUAAGCAACGCAGCCGGAGUGCCCCAGAUUUCAUCCGGUGGUGCCAGUGCUGCCAUUUCUUCUAGCUUGGGAACCAAUUCUUCUUCGCACACGGAGUCUUCACUAUCGGCCGCUCCGCUAUCAUCCUCGGCGCCUAAAACGGCCCAAGGAGCGAUGGAAGCUGGAAGAUCCAGUCAAUCGAUCGCUACCACCAUUUCACUGUUAUCAACCUUAUGCCGCGGUUCACCCUCUAUCACGCACGAUCUAUUGCGAUCGAACUUGCUCGAGGCAAUGGAACACGCGUUCAAGGGAGAUGAGCGGUGUGUUUUGGACUGCAUGCGAUUGGCUGACCUGAUUUUGUUGCUGUUAUUUGAGGGCCGUCAAGCGCUCGGGCGGGUCGGAGGAUCGCAAGGUCAGUUGGCGCCACGUGUGCGACGAGCUGACUCAAGUACCGAGCGCACGCAUCGCCAGCUGAUCGAUUGCAUUCGUAGUAAGGACACCGAGGUGCUGAUUGAAUCGAUCGAAUCUGGUGGAAUUGAAGUCAACUGUAUGGAUGAUGUCGGGCAGACGCUGUUAAACUGGGCAUCAGCCUUUGGAACAUUGGAGAUGGUGGAAUUCCUGUGUGAUAAAGGAGCGGACGUUAAUAAGGGACAGCGAAGUUCUUCCCUGCAUUAUGCCGCUUGUUUCGGGCGACCGGGCAUUGCGAAAGUGUUACUGAAACACGGCGCCAAUCCGGAUCUGCGUGACGAAGACGGCAAAACUCCACUCGAUAAAGCUCGCGAGCGUCCGGACGAAGGUCAUCGGGAAGUUGCUUCAAUCUUGCAGUCUCCGGGUGAAUGGAUGAUGGCGGCUACUCGAUCGGAUCUCAAGAGCGGUGAUAGCGGCGACGAGACAGGCGUCGGGGAACCUCGCGGUGAUCCUGAGAUGGCACCGGUGUAUCUGAAGUUUUUCCUACCAACUUUCUGCAAAACUUUCCAAAGCACUAUGCUUGCUAGUGUUCGUAGAUCUAGCCUAGGUCUUAUCAAAAAGAUGAUCCAAUACGUUCAACCAGACGUCCUGUCGAAGUUAUGCUCCUCAGAAGGUCUGGCGAGUUACGAACAAAGCUUGGGCACGCUCUUAGUGGAAGUCAUAGCAAGCGUACUGGACAAUGAGGACGACGAAGAUGGCCACUUAGUGGUACUAACGAUUAUUCAAGAGCUUAUGUCCAAGACGCAAAAUGAUUUUCUCGAUCACUUCGCGCGUCUGGGUGUUUAUACCAAGGUUCAAGCACUGAUGGGCGAGUCCAGCUAUGAGGGUAACGACAAUAAUGAUGUGAUUAAAUCGUCACCCGAUGAGGUGAAGCCUUCUACCACGGAAACUGCUGCGUGCGUGGCCUCGUUGGCGGCUCCAAACUCCGUAGGUGGUGGUUCAACAACAGUUGCAUCCGGUUCUGUUGCCGUGGAGGACGCAAAAGAGAUACUCCAUGGAAAAGCGUACCACUGGCAUGAUUGGAGCAUAUGUCGUGGCCGCGAUUGUUUGUACGUGUGGUCCGAUUCAGCGGCGUUGGAACUUUCGAAUGGAUCAAAUGGAUGGUUCCGUUUUAUUCUUGAUGGCAAAUUAGCAACCAUGUAUUCAAGCGGUAGUCCAGAAAACGGAAGUGAUAGUACUGAAAAUCGUGGAGAAUUCCUCGAAAAAUUACAACGAGCCCGAGCCGCCGUUCGGCAAGGCACCGUGUCACAACCGAUUCUAUCCUCUCCAAGCUUGGCACGGAUCGCAGUUGGAAACUGGGUGUUGCAAAGUCAGAAAGAACAUCAACUACAUAUCAACAAUUCCGAAGGUCAUCAGGUGACCAUUCUGCAAGACGAACUGCCUGGAUUCAUCUUUGAGAGCAAUCGCGGUACAAAGCAUACGUUCACGGCAGAAACACCGUUGGGGCCGGACUUCGCUGCUGGCUGGAUCAACACAAAGAAGAAGAAAAUGCGCUGCAAGGCUGAAGCUCAGAAGUAUCAGCUUCAUAAAUUAGCACGGGAUUUGUACAAUCGUUACUUCAAAGCGGCACAGGCUGUACCGCGAGGAGCUGUGGCGAAACUGUCGAAGAUAGUCCAUCAGAUAGAAAUUGCAUUGGAGGAGCAACAAUCAAUGCAGAAAACAACGUUCAUUACGCGAUCCACUCAGCAAGCCCCAACCUCUGGCUCAAGUUCUGGCAUGUGUUGGCAGGAGAAAUUGUAUAAUGCAUUGAAUGAGCUGGUCCAUCUUUUGAACGAAGACGGUGUCAUCAGUGCAUAUGAAAUGUACAGUUCGGGGUUGGUGCAGGCGCUUGUUGCUGUCCUAUCGCCCAACUAUUGGGAUUUGGGAAUGAAUCGUAGCAAGGCAAACAAAUACCAGAAACAACGAUUGUCGAUCUUCAAAAAGUGUAUGUACGGAGGGGAGACACAAACCGGCAAAAAUACUGCGACUAUACUGGUGCAAAAACUAGUUGCUGUGCUGGAAAGCAUCGAAAAAUUACCGGUGUACAUAUACGAUUCGCCGGGCGGAAGCUAUGGACUGCAAAUUCUUACGAAAAAGCUGAGUUUCCGAUUGGAACGGGCAGCCUGUGAGCAGACGCUUUUCGACAGAACAGGUCGUAACCUGAAGAUGGAGCCGUUGGCAACCGUUGGUCAUUUAAAUAAAUAUUUGCUUAAGAUGGUUGCAAAACAGUGGUAUGAUAUGGAGCGAUCUUCAUUUCUGUAUCUACGUAAGCUGAAGGAUGCCAAACCAAGCCCCAUGCAGUUCCGCCAUCAUCAAGAUUUUGACGAAAAUGGCAUCAUCUACUUUAUUGGAACCAAUGGCAAGACUCUGGAAUGGGUUAACCCGGCCCAGUACGGACUGGUAACAGUUACCAGCAGCGAAGGAAAGCAACUGCCUUAUGGUAAGCUGGAGGAUAUCCUUUCCCGCGACAACGUUAGUAUCAACUGCCAUACGAAAGACAACAAGAAAUCCUGGUUUGCAAUCGAUUUGGGAAUGUACAUCAUCCCAACUGCAUACACGCUUAGACACGCGCGCGGAUACGGUCGGUCAGCCCUGCGAAACUGGAUGUUCCAAGUAUCCAAAGACGGCAUCAACUGGACUACAAUGUUAACCCACACAGAUGAUAAAAGCCUUGCGGAACCCGGAAGCACGUGUACCUGGCCGAUCGAGUGUCCGAGUGAAGAACAACAAGGCUACCGCCACAUUCGCAUUCACCAGAACGGUCGUAAUGCAUCCGGCCAAACGCAUUAUCUCAGUCUUAGUGGGUUUGAAAUUUACGGAAAAGUGAUCUCGGUUUGUGAGGAUAUGGACAAAACAGCCGCUAAAGAAAACGAGACAAAGCUUCGUAAAGAGCGACGUCAGGUUCGUACACAGCUAAAGUAUAUCACCGAUGGAGCCCGGGUGGUACGUGGCGUCGACUGGCAUUGGGACGAUCAGGAUGGAAGUCCCCCCGGAGAAGGAACGGUCAUUGCUGAGAUACACAAUGGAUGGAUUGAUGUAAAGUGGGAUCACGGUAUGCGGAAUUCCUACCGCAUGGGUGCCGAGGGAAAAUACGAUCUAAAAUUGGCAAGUGUCGAUGGCCUGGUUAGCGGUUCGUAUGAUCUGCACAACAGUGGUGUUUCUGUAACUGCGAAAAAAAUCUACGACAAAUCACUAAACGUGCUUGUUAGUAGAAAAUCUAGCUCGACGCCAAGCUUACCUGAUGCGACGAUAGAAUCGCGAUCAUCCGUCGCGUCCACCGAACAGGCGACUUCGGCUGACAAUUUGUCCUGGAAACAGGCAGUGGAAGUGAUUACGGAAAAUGUGCUUUCAUCGGCUCGCUCGGAUCUAGCCACGGUUGGCAGUGGUGGAAGCAGUAAUGAUCUUUCAUCCUCCUUAGUAGCAGCCGGAACGACCGGUAAUACACACAACCUCGGCAGUGGUAACAACCAGGAAGUUUCAGUGACUGUUCACUCAUCGUUGAGCGAACGUGGAAACAACAUCCCCGAUCUAUCGCAGAUUAACAGCAGCACGUCCAUGUUGGUAUCCGAUUUGGCCACGAUCACAGAGAACCUUUCAUUGCUGGAAGGUUCGACGAAACAGAGCGGACGAACUGUAGUUUCGGGGUCAGGUUCUGGGCAACAGUUUGUGAGCAACAUUAGCGCCAGUGGCAGCAGUGCUAGCAGUGUUCCAGUUCUGAUGGGCUCAUCUUCCUCGUCGUCUUCUUCCUCUUCUACCGAGGAGAACAAUAAAACGAACAACAUCAAUGAAACGAAUAACAAAAUUAACCUAAACAGUGGCAGCGGUACCAGCGUGACUAGUGGCUGCAGUGCCUCCAGCGGCAAGGCCGGUUUGUCCUACUUGCAGACAAAGCUGGAUAUGAUGGGUAAGAUGCGUGAAGGAGUGGAUAUGCUCCGAAACAACACAAACAAUUUCCUCUCGUCUGAAUUGCUUGCCCAAUCAAACCUUCUGUCGUCUGUGAAAAUUGCGUUCCCACCUGUUCCUCCAAACACCGCAUCUGGUGGUACAGGAUCGGGAGUAUCGUACGGUAAUAGCAUUUUCGUGGCUAGCACAAGUACGGGCACGAAUCCGCCUGCAGCCUCAGCGCCAGCGUCAACCGGAGCUAAAUCGCCCACAGAUAAGUACGACGUCAAAUUCAACAACACGGCGCAAAAUGGUGGAGUAGUUUGCGUGAACACCUUCAAGAAGGUUCUGAACGAAGCCAAGCAGCCCUCGUCCACAAAUGAAUCCCAAGGUGGAGGCCGCGAUGCCACAAAUAAUAUGAAAAAUAAUUUCGGGGUCGCUGCUUCAGCGGAUCCGGCUCUGCUACCGACUUCCCAUGAUAAUGUCAAUACCGAGGACAUGGUAGGAUCUGCCUCCGGCAGCGACGGUGUGAACGUGGUCCCCGUUGUGGCACCUUCCAAUCCCAUGAGCGACAAUUCAGCGUUGCAGAAUGAUGUACAACCGCCUCAACCAGGAUUGUUGGAAACAUUUGCCGCAAUCGCACGUCGUCGAACGUCUGGCGCUGGCUCCAAUGCAACGACCAAUGCAAACAACAAUAACGACACCAACAACGCUUCGUCAUCGUCCUCAUCUUCGCAGCAGACGGUUCCAAUCAACAACCAGCUGAUAAGCAGUGGAGGUGGCGCAUUGGUGGGCGGAGUGUUGCAAAACAACAGUAACUUCUUCCCGCGCGGACCAAAUUCGGUAACGAGUUUAGUGAAGCUAGCGCUCUCCAGUCACUCCGGAUUGCUGAGCACGGCACAGAGCUAUCCGAGCUUGUUCAGUUCCUCAUCGAACAACAACGCCGCUUCAGGAGGUGGCAGCGGUGGCGGUAAUAAUAAUAACGUCAACAACAUGGGAGGCACGGGCCAGGUCAAUCCUUUGAAUCCCGCGCUCACCAUGAGCCUCACGUCAACGUCGAGUGACAGUGAGCAGGUGUCCUUAGAGGAUUUCUUGGAGCAAUGCCGGGCUCCAACCUUGCUUGGUGAUUUGGAGGACGACGAGGACAUUGAAGAUGAAAAUGAUGACGAUGAAAAUGAGGACGAGUAUGAGGAGGUCGGCAAUACACUGCUGCAGGUCAUGGUUUCUCGCAAUCUGCUCUCGUUUAUGGAGGAGCGUACGUUCGAAAAUCGACUUUCGGCGGCGGGUAAGCGAAAGUCGUGGGACGAUGAAUUCGUGCUCAAACGCCAGUUUUCGGCGCUGAUUCCUGCGUUCGAUCCACGCCCAGGAAAAACUAAUGUCAAUCAAACAAGCGAUCUCGAAAUUCCCGCACCGGGUAAUAGUGGUGGAAGAAAUGCUGACGCCACAGACUUGGCGGAACCUUCAUCAUCUGUCAAGGGCUUGCUAGAUCAUGUAUACCACGGCACGACGUCAGCUCUACCGCAGCCCACGCUCUCACUAAUGUUGCGUGGACCUAACAUAAAUGGUGUGAACGACGUAGAAGUGGAACUGACACACCCGGAUUGGACGAUUUUCCGAGCGGUGCAGGAAUUGAUGCUGCAAACGGCGAUGCCCAAGCAGGACAAGUUCCGCAAAAUCUGGCAGCCGACGUACACGAUCAUCUACCGCGAAUCCAGUCCCGGAUCUCAUGGUUCUACGUUGUCCCCAAGCUCACCCGUUCCCGGCACACCGUCGAUAUCUGGCGGUGGACCCGGCAGUGGAGGCGCAUUGUCCGCACCAACGACAAGUGGUGGCAACACGCAUUAUUGCUCAGUGGAAGACGUAUUGCAGCUACUUUCGCAGCUGAACAGCAUCAACCAGUCGUUGGCCUCGGCUCCGACAAAUAACGACAAAAAUCUGAUUCCGGACGUCGAAUCCAACUACUUGAACCCGGAAGUGUUCAUGAGCAAGAAGAUCACGAAUAAGCUGCAGCAGCAGAUCCAAGAUCCGCUUGUCCUUUCCAGCGGAAGUUUGCCGAAAUGGUGCGAGGACUACAACCAAAGUUGUCCUUUCCUGUUCCCCUUCGAGACACGCCAACUAUACUUCAGUUGCACGGCAUUCGGUGCAUCGCGCAGCAUCGUCUGGCUACAGUCUCAGCGCGAUGUAAAUGUGGAGCGCCAGCGGGCACCUGGACUGAGCCCACGCCAUGCUGACCAGCAGGAAUUCCGAGUCGGUCGCUUGAAGCACGAACGCGUAAAGGUACCACGUGGUGAAAAUCUGCUAGACUGGGCGCAGCAAGUAAUGAAGGUGCAUUGCAAUCGAAAGUCCGUCCUGGAGGUUGAAUUUGUCGGAGAGGAGGGUACUGGGCUAGGACCUACUCUGGAGUUCUAUGCUCUGGUGGCUGCUGAACUACAGCGCAGCGAUCUCGGCAUGUGGCUUUGCGACGACGAAGAACCGAAGUUGAUCGAAGACGAGAUUGAUCUGGGAGAAGGAAGCAAGCCGGUUGGGUAUUAUGUGCUGCGUUCAUCAGGCCUGUUUCCGGCACCGUUGCCACAAGACUCGGAGAUAAGUGAUUUUGUUUCCAACUACUUCUGGUUUCUGGGAGUGUUCCUAGCAAAGGUACUGCAAGACAAUCGCCUUGUGGAUUUGCCGCUCUCCAACAGCUUCUUGCAGCUGCUCAGUCAUAGCCGAUCGAUUACUCGAACGACGUUCACAGGAAAAUCGAGUUGCACCGACGAUAUUAUGAUCUCGUCCAUCGUGUCAGAGGAAAGCGAUCGCGAUCGCGACAUGCUCGUGGACUCGUACCAAACCAAGAUGGCUGCCAGCGAUGAAGCCUGGUAUGAUGGUAUCCUGUCGCAGGAGAACCUUCAAGAGAUCGACCCGAUUCGGUAUCAGUUCCUCAAGGAGCUGCAAGAACUAGUGCAGCAAAAACAGAACAUUGAGCAAAACGAUAUGCUCAGUUCCGAGGAGAAGUUGCAGCAAAUUAGCGAGCUCAAACUGAACACCAAGACGGGCUGCGUUGCGCUAGAGGACUUGGCGUUGACCUUCACCUACCUGCCGAGCUCAAAGAACUACGGUUAUUCGUCUGCCGAUUUGAUUCCAAACGGCUCGAACAUUGACGUUACGAUAAACAACGUCGAGGAGUACUGUAAUUUGACUAUAGCGUUCUGCCUCCAGGAAGGAAUCGCCAAGCAGUUGGCCUCAUUCCACCGUGGCUUCUGUGAGGUGUUCUCGCUGAGCAAGUUAGCCGCAUUUACCCCGGAUGAGAUCCGCAAGAUGCUAUGCGGCGAACAGAACCCCGAGUGGACUCGCGAAGACAUCAUGACCUACACGGAACCCAAGCUAGGCUACACCAAGGAAAGUCCUGGAUUCUUGCGUUUCGUCAACGUGUUGAUGGGUAUGAACGGAUCAGAGAGGAAGGCUUUCCUUCAGUUCACAACCGGCUGCAGCAGUCUGCCUCCGGGUGGUCUGGCGAAUUUGCAUCCACGAUUGACGGUGGUACGUAAGGUGGAUGCUGGCGAAGGAUCCUACCCAUCCGUGAACACCUGCGUGCACUAUCUCAAGCUGCCGGAUUAUCCUAACGAGCAAGUGCUGCGCGAACGGCUUCUGACGGCCACCAAGGAGAAAGGGUUCCAUCUGAACUAAAUCCAACUGUGUUGUUGUAAGCUGCUUUGUAAUACCGAACUCCGAUAGGAACUAACUGAAAGCGUAAACAAAUGAGGGAUAAACACGAGUACAAGAUUUGAUGCGUGUAAGUGGGAGCGCUAUUAUAGGCUUCUGCAGAAUGUAUAGCAGAAAUGUGAGCAAACAACGAUGGUUAUUAGAAGCAAAUUAGAUGCGAUUCAAUUCUUUGAAAAUUUUAUCACACUUCCCACCAGCUAUUGAUGAAACAUAUUGCACCUAAACAUUCACAUACCUGUUCCUUUGUGGGCAGCACUCGUUUAUGACUGCAUGCAUGCGUUGUAAAACGAACAGUAUAGUGGGGAAAGUGAGUAGAAAUUUGGAGGAUAUAUGAACACAGAAUAAAGAACAAUAAGCUUUUUGUAGAGAUACGAAAUUCACGUUCUAAUGUUAGCACAUUAAUUUGUUAGUGGAAAAUUGGCAUAAUCGAUUUAAUACUGAAAACAAAUUCCCACGAAUAUAUUUAAAAAAUCAAACCCGUAUUAGUCUACGGUUAGACCAUCAAAUGAUGAUUCUUUCUUACGUUGUUACCUUUAAAGGUACACCGAGAUGAGUUGUGCUGACGUGUGUUUUGUGUUGUUCAACACUAGAACACAACGAAGAUCUAAUGAUUUUACUAAGGAGCGCGUGACCUUGAGCUUUCCAGUACCAUCCAGCGCUCGGUCCGUGCUGACUUUGAUUUACGUAUGCGUGUGCGUGUGUGUUGUAUGUGUGUAAGACAGUUCUUGCGAUGGAAAACUUAAAGCUUAUCCAUUCACAGAGUAGAUAGAACAAAGUAACUAACGGCAAACAAAUAGAAAACACGUGUGAAAAUGUUUGUGAUGUAAGUGAGAAACUGAAUACUAACUAUGAGUUUGUGAUUGAUGGUUACAAUAAAGUGUUGCGAAGGUAUGUGAAGUUGUAGAAGCGUGAUGGCACCAUAAUCUAACCUAAACAAUAAGUACGAACGUAGCUAGUUUCGAGCGGCUGAUGCUGCUCUGUAUAUAACCAAAUCCGAAGUACAGAUACUUCUGAUUCCACAUAGAGUACAGCUCACGGCAACCCACUACCACUUUCUAACUCUCACCAACCAACCACUUUAUCUGGAAUUGAAUUUUGACUUAAAAACUAAAUCAAAAAUAUUCCCGUUUGGUUACGGGAUAGCAAGGACCGUGUGGUGCUUUCGAAAAUAAAAUACAAACGCAGAGAGCAUUCAUAUUCAGAUGCAGUAGGCAAGCACGUUAGGAUGCGUAUAGUUGCAUGGCAGGAAGAGAAUGUUACAGAUGAUUGUGAGAUAUUAAAAAUGAAUAUUGAUUAUGGUUCUAUUGAAAGAUUAUAUGCAAUUAAUAAAUACAAAACUACACACAAUUUAAACUUAGUCUUGCUAGUAAAAUACUUAAACUCCUAUGAUACACGAGAUAU